CAGGGCGUUAUCGCGUCAUCACAACUCACCGAUAAGCGUCUAUCGCGGAGCUGAACGAGUUAUCCCAGGCUCAAGGGACCCCAACUGACCCUCUUGGAAUAAAACAUGUGCAGCCAAAAACGCCGCCAGGCUCUGGAGCCUGUCAUUGACCUUGAGCCACGCUUGUCUGGGGCAUGUUCAACGGUGGAUGGAAUGAGAGGUCUUCCCCAAAGCCCAUCAGAAGAACUCGGCAGGAGAAGAUUAUUUCUUGAUUGACACGCCCAGAAAGCGCGCUGUAUCUAUAUAAGCGGACGGGCGUCUGAAGCAACCCAGUGUCGCGAAGCCCAAAAUGUCACCAGAUCGUGUCAAAGCGCAGCCAUUACACACCGGUACCUGGAAUAAUAACUACUCGAGACAGCUAGCUGGAGACUUUGUCGCAGGGUCGCUAUCUGCGACUAUCAUUGCUCCUGUCAUUACUGUCAUUGAUCGGAGUGUUGUUGAAAGGCUUUCCUCGAAUCAAUCGCUUCUGAGUACACUCCGCACACACGCAAUUUGUUCCAUCCUCGAACCAAGAAAGUUUUAUAUUUCCAGGCCAUUCUUCAUUGCCUGGUCUCUUUACGCAGCAACUUAUGUCACGGCGAAUGCCACCGAUACGAGCCUCAGCCAUUUCCCCAAAAUAGCAGAGAAGUCAACGAUUGCCAACAUUGCAGCAACAUUCAGCUUCCUCCCAACCUACGCUGUUAAUGUGUCCAUGGGGAUUCUGAAGGAUAUAAGGUUUUCCCAGAUCUAUGGCGAUCCAAAAACCAUCCACAAACGACCGCCUUCGAUUCCUCGUGCAGCAUAUAUGGCCUUUCUUCUCCGCGAUAGCAUCACAAUCUCCAGCUCGUUUACCUUGGCCCCUCAGGUGGCCUCGUUCAUACCAGAUUGGAUCACUACCGACCUCCAUGCCAAGAGGACGAUCACCCAGCUCGCAUUGCCCGCUCUGGUGCAAUAUUUGAAUACACCACUUCAUAUGAUUGCGUUGGACUUGAUCGCCCGUCCGCAAGUGGCCACCAUGGCAGAGAGAUCGGCUCUGAUACGAAGCGGCUGGGUUCAAUCAUCGUCGGUGAGAGCAGCGAGAACUCUGCCGGCUUUCGGGGUUGGCUGUGUAGUGAAUGCAGAUCUGAGAGCCCUCUUUCAUGAACAGUGGAUGAUUAGAUAGAGAAAAUACAAAAAUAUCAUCUGCAUCUGCGGGAUAACAACAGACAAGGAUGCUUCCUCCAGCGACGUAUAGGGGCAGCGCCAGCAGAGGAUCGUCAUCAGCAGACCAACUCACUACC